CGGAUUCGUUUUGCGGUUCACCCAGCGUCUAAGCAUUCGAAUUCACGCUAUGGCAGCCGUGGAGAAAUGCGCAAAAAGUGAGGUUAGGUCGCCAAUGAUGUUGUAACGAACGGGUCACCUCCACCAGGUACAACUCGAUACAACAGUGCCCAAACAGUGACAUUUGAAAGGAGACAAAUCCGAGACAAUGGCUAAGUACAUAGCGCAGAUAAUCGUCCUGGGAACACAGGUCGUGGGUCGAGCAUUCGCGCGUGCUCUUCGUCAAGAAAUCUCGGCCAGUCGAGAGGCAGCCAAGAGAGCUGGCGGCGGUGCUCAAGGUAGAGAAAGAGCAGCUGCGAACCUCCGGAGUGGUUUAACUUUGGACGAGGCGCUACGCAUCAUGAACAUAGAGAGCCUCAAAGAUAAGGAAGCGUUGGAACGUAAUUUCAAGUAUUUAAUGGAGGCUAACGACAAGGCCAAAGGUGGAUCGUUCUAUCUUCAAUCCAAAGUCUUCAGAGCCAAGGAACGCAUCGACGAAGAAUUGCAGAAUCAGGAACUAGCUGCUCCUGACCCUCAUAAAAAGAGCAAAGAAACUUAGCCACUUAGCGUCUAGUCUUUCAAAUCUAUCGCUAUUAUACUUGUAUAUAUUAAUUAAUAAUAAACAGUAAUAGAUAUGUGA